UAAAGACGGAGAGAGACUCUGGGAGAGUGUAGCGAAACAAUGCCGAAGGUUGGAGACGAAGCGAGCAACAAACAGCUAAUAUUCAGGGACUAUGUCACCGGUCUUCCCAAGGAAUCGGACAUGUACGUGACGACUAGUACCAUAAAGUUGAAGGUUCCCGAAGGUUUCCAUGGUGUCCUUGUAAAGAACCUCUACUUGUCCUGCGACCCCUUCAUGCGACUUCGAAUGCCACGAGUCACUCUUAAUGGAUACAGUAGUUCUUAUACUCCUGGUGCUCCGUUAACUGGGUAUGGGGUGGCUAAAGUUUUGGAUUCUGGGCACCCAGACUACAAGGCAGGUGACUUAGUUUGGGGGAUUACUGGAUGGGAAGAGUACAGCCUAAUCACCCCAACCGAAGGCCUGAAAAGUCUCGAGCAAGGCCUGAAAAAGAUUCAGCACACUGAUGUACCCCUUUCCUACUAUACUGGACUUCUUGGGAUGCCUGGUAUGACUGCUUAUGCUGGUUUCUAUGAGCUCUGUUCUCCUAAGAAAGGAGAAUAUGUCUUCGUUUCAGCAGCAUCUGGUGCAGUUGGUCAGCUUGUUGGACAAUUUGCAAAAUUGUUGGGCUGUUAUGUUGUUGGAAGUGCUGGGAGUAAAGAAAAGGUUGAUCUGUUGAAGAACAAGUUGGGUUAUGAUGAUGCUUUCAAUUAUAAGGAAGAGCAUGACUUGGAUGCAGCUUUGAAAAGGUAUUUCCCAGAAGGCAUCGACAUUUACUUCGACAAUGUUGGAGGCAAAACACUCGAUGCAGUACUUUUAAACAUGAGAGUCCAUGGCCGCAUUGCUGUAUGUGGAAUGAUAUCGCAGUACAAUGUUCAUCAGCAGCCUGAAGGUGUGCAAAAUUUGACGUGUCUCCUAUUCAAGCGAAUCCACAUGGUAGGAUUCUCAGUUUUGGAUCAUCAUCAACUCUAUCCCAAGUUCAUAGAAACUGUGCUGCCUUACAUCAAAGAAGGGAAGAUAGUGUAUGUGGAAGACAUGGUUGAAGGCCUUGAGAGUGGUCCAGCUGCUCUUGUUGGCCUUUUUAGUGGUCGCAAUGUUGGAAAGAAAGUAGUUGUCGUUGCUCGCGAAUGAUUUUUAGCCCCAUCUGUUGUUACCUGGUUGGGUUGUUUCUUGGAUGAUCUAUCAUAUUCACUCUAUUACUUAUAUUGUGUGCGCGCAGUGCUGUGUGUUGCACCGUUGGGUGCGCCCAGUGCAUGUCUUGUGGCAAAUUCAAUAAAUAUCUAUAGCUAUUAGG